GUUUAACUAUUAGCACCAUCAGGCGUUAGGACAGCUGUACGGAGCCGGUGCAGUGGGCUACAUAAGCGGUGCGCAAAGCAGCGGAGUUUCUGCGCACUCAGAUCUCCGCUCCUUCAUCUGCAGACCUCAGAUAGUUUAAGGUGACUGGGAACUGUGGUUAGGGAGGUGCUUUUCCACAGUAGGUAAUUCUAUCCUCCAACAGAAGACCUUUAAAUAUCUUGUCUGAAAAGCUUCCAGCUACCACGUGGCAUAAGGGGAGACAUUUGCUCUGUGCAGGAUUCCACUAUCAGUUGACCGACCAGUCGCUGCACAACUCUGGCUUCUUCCGUGUUUCUUCAGCUUGUGCUGAAUUUUAAAGGCUGUUUACAAUUGCGUGGCGGGGGGGCUAUGCAGUGAUUCCCCGAGUCUUCUGUUUUAUUUUCUCCUUUGUUUUGAUGCGUGAUGCCUUUUCUUUUGCCGGCUAACCCCUAGCACCUUGCAGUGAAUGGAGAACAUACUGGUUCUACUUCCAAAGCACCGACAGGAACACGGCUCUGCAGAAGCACGGCUGCAUGUGCCUUGUGGGAAGAUUCCACCUACAGAGCGAUUUUUUCUUCUUCCUCAUUAGUUCCAACCCACACCCCAUGUUAGCCUGUUUAAUGGGAUAAGUUAACCAGAGAGAUCAGGUGUAAAACCAGGUCGAGCAGAGCGUUCCGUUCUGACCUUCCCCAAACCGUUAGUCUAAAACAACUUUUCCUUUUUCUUGUUGAGUACACCGUCUGUAAAAGGCCUCCGCAUGGUACGUUGGUCAAAAGAACAAGACAAACUCCCGGACAUUGAGAUGUCCUCAGGGGACAUUGAGAUGAAGAAGGAGGGAGGUCCUCUGACCCCAGCCUUCCUCAAUUCUAACUGCUCCAUCCAUCCACUGAUCCUCACCAGAGGCCCAGAAGAAGUAAACCAACAAACUGGGGGGGAGUUCGAGCUCACCGAGGUCACAUCUUUCACAGAGAGGAUUGGCGAGACAGGGGACGACGAAGAAAGGUCGGAUAUCGUGGUGGCGUUAGACUGUCGGGCCAAUGCCAAAGGACAACGCGAGGAGGACGCACUUCUGGAGAAUGCAAGCCAGAGCAACGAAAGCGAUGACAACAGCAUCAAUCAGAGCCCGGAGCCACCAGCGCCGCUUAAGGAGACCUCCAUUUCCAUCGGCCUGCAGGUGGUUUUUCCCUUUCUGCUGGCUGGCUUCGGAACAGUGGCGGCUGGAAUGGUGCUGGACAUUGUCCAACACUGGACGGUCUUCACCAAGGUGUCAGAGGUCUUCAUCCUUGUUCCCGCUUUGUUGGGGCUGAAAGGGAACUUAGAGAUGACGCUGGCUUCCAGACUAUCAACAGCGGCUAACAUUGGCCAGAUGGACACAGCCAAGGACAUGUGGAAGAUGAUCAUGGGGAACUUAGCCCUCAUCCAGGUCCAGGCCACAGUUGUGGGGUUCCUGGCUUCCAUAGCUGCUGUAAUCUUUGGCUGGCUCCCAGAGGGACAGUUCAAGCUGGGCCAUGCAGUGCUGCUGUGUGCCUCCAGCGUGGCCACGGCCUUCAUCGCAUCUCUGCUCCUGGGUCUCAUCAUGAUCGGAGUUAUUGUCGCAUCCAGAAAAGUAGGCAUCAACCCCGAUAAUGUUGCCACACCCAUCGCCGCCAGCCUUGGAGACCUGAUCACCUUGUCGCUGCUGGCGGGCAUCUCCACGGGGCUCUACCAGGAGCUAGAGUAUAACGACUAUGCAAACCCGCUGGUGUGUGUGGCGUUCGUGGCCAUGUGUCCUAUUUGGGUGUUGAUUGCAAGGAAGAUCCCGUCUACCAGAGAGGUCCUCUAUUCUGGCUGGGAGCCAGUCAUCAUCGCCAUGGCAAUCAGCAGUGUCGGGGGUCUGAUUCUUGAUAAGACUGUUAGUGACCCAAACUUUGCUGGGAUGGCUGUUUUUACUCCUGUCAUCAACGGUGUAGGAGGCAACCUGGUGGCCGUUCAGGCCAGUCGAAUCUCAACCUAUCUCCACAUGAACGGGCUGCCCAUGGGGGACCCCAACCCAGCUCCCAGGAAGUGCCCCACGCCGUGCACUUCCUUCUUUGAUUCCACUGUGAAUUCUCGCUCAGCCCGUGUGCUCUUCUUCCUGGUUGCUCCUGGUCAUCUCAUCUUCCUCUACACCAUUAAUUCCCUGAGAGGGGGUCACACCACCCUGACACCCAUCUUUAUCACCUUCUACCUGGUAGCUGCUCUACUGCAGGUUGCAAUCCUGCUGUAUCUGGCUGACUGGAUGGUUCACUGGAUGUGGGGCCGAGGUAUGGACCCCGAUAACUUCUCCAUCCCGUACCUGACCGCUCUGGGGGACCUCCUGGGAACCGGUUUCCUUGCCCUCUGCUUCCACAUGCGUUGGUUUAUUGGGGACAGGGACUCCAAUUUAGGCAACUGAAUUUGUUGAAACAUACACACAGAAAAUUAAACGUAAACACACUGUAAGCGUGCAUGCAAAAAACGAAGACGAAGAUCACCCUUAUGCCUGAGCGUGAAAGUGGACAUCCACAGUACAAGGCUGAUCUCCUGAAAGGCUCUGGAUGAUGAUGUUCUGAGCAGAGUUUCAUCCUCAGAUAUCAUGACGCUGCUUUACUGUUGGAACAGCAGCAGCAUGUAAAUCCUGACUGUCUCCCUGGAACACAGACCUCUUCAUCUCCACCAUGAAAAAAAACUCUGACCAAUGAUAGAUCCAGCCUUAAAGGUCCCACGGCUCCUUAAUCUUACUAAACACCCGAGUCCUGCCGCUUUUAUUGAUAGUUAGAACUGGUAACCAACAAGCAAUUUAAUAUAUGGUGUUAUGUGCAAA